CGUUUUUUGGCAUUUCGCCUGUGUACCCCGCUUGGAAUCGUUCGACAGCUCUGGAAAUUUUACAUGAGCAAUCAAGUGAUCAGUCUUCGAGUUGAGCAGCUGAUUUCUUACCGCGAAUCACAGCGUGGUGAGAGGAAACGACUGCAGAAAGCCACCGAAUAAUUAACCCACGAAUUGGGUCUGGGAAAAUUGAACACGACACCGAAUGGCAAAAAUAUGUUCAAUCGGUGAUGCUGCUCAGACACGUGCACACAUCAGCUAAUUUGGGUUCGCCAGAGGGUAACCGGAGGUAGGCCCCCGUCAGCAGAAACUGCCAGAAACGAUGACGGAGGAAGAACUGAUCGAAAAACGAAACCUGCUGGAGCGUGCGAAUGACGAACGGGAAGCAAUUUUCAAACGAUACGACCGAGGGAGAAAGAACAUAGACAUCGAUGCGUGGAACGACCCGGCCUUCGAAAUCUACACGCAAGCCGAUCGGUAUGGCUUUUUGCAACCGGAAAAAGAGCAGAAGUUUCGUGACGAUCUGGAGGUGGCACGACGAAAACAGAUCGAAGUGGAACGGACGAAAAAAUGGCUCAAGAUGAGAGACAAAUGGAGUACCGCGGAAACUAAGGAACGUCUACAGCGGAGAGUCAUGAAAGGUAUUCCGGAUCGGUUGAGAGCGGCCAUCUGGAAGCUGUUCCUUAAUCUGGAUCAAACGUUGAAGGAAAAUGUCGGCGUGUAUGAUAAGAUGUUGAAGUUCGCGCGGCAAUACAGUCCCGACAUUCGGCAGAUAGAUUUCGACGUGAAUAGGCAGUUUCGCAACCAUAUAAACUAUCGUGAGCGGUACAGUGUGAAACAGCAGAGCUUGUUUCGGGUACUGGCUGCGUAUAGUAUGUACAACAUGGAGGUUGGAUAUUGCCAAGGCAUGUCGACGGUUGCCGGCGUGCUACUGAUGUACUUUGACGAGGAAGAUACGUUCUGGGCGUUGAACGCGUUGCUCUCCAAUGAACGCUAUGCCAUGCACGGGAGGAUGUAUGUGGAAGGUUUCCCCAAGUUGAUGCGAUUCCUGCAACAUCAUGACAAAAUUUGUAUGCCAAAAGUAAAGAAGCAUUUAGACAAACGCGGAGUAGAUUCCGUGCUGUACUCGUUGAAGUAGUUUUUCGUUAUUUUCAUUGAAAGGAUACCGUUCAGUCUGUGCCUACGAGUAUGGGACAUCUAUAUGCUAUACGGCGAGCGUGUUCUUACGGCAAUGGCCUACACCAUUCUCAAGAUCCACAAGGCAAAGCUACUUCGAAUGAAGGACAUGGAUCAGAUCACCGAGUUCCUGCAGACGAUACUGUACAAAAGUUUCGGCUACGAUGACGAUACUGUGAUAAAGACGCUCCAGCUCUCAAUGCUUGAGCUGAAGAAACUAAGCCUGGACAAGCAGCCGCCUGCCCCGGACAACGAGUUUCACAAGGUUCCGUUCGGGCAGUUCAUCGAGCCUAGUUUAGAUGCCAAGAUCGGACACCGGAACGAGAAGUUCACCGAACGAGAGACAGAAUUGAAGGAAACGGUACUGUACCGAAGCGAGUCGAAGAAUGAUGAAGAUGACGAGGAGGGAAACCACGUGGGUCAGAAUGGCCAUCGCAAUGCGGACGGUGACGAUGACGAUCGAACCGAGCGGGACUGUGAUGAUAUCACCGAGGAGGACGAUGCUUACAGUAAUCUCAAUACAGGUGUUAGCAUGUCAUCGCUCAGAACGAUUCAGAGCUUUACCACGCUCGAUACCAGCACGUCAUUUGCGACCAGCCUUAACUCACUCGUAAUAAUCGAUUCGUUCGAUGAGAAUUGUGAUAAUAUGAUUGAGGAAAUUACUAGACUUUAGUUAGUAGGAUUACACGAGGAGUAGUAUUUAAGAUAUGUAGGUAUUGAAUGCGUCAAUAGCAUAGGGCGU